AUGUUGGACACCAUCGCAAAUUCCACGUCCCUUAUUUCUCAAGUCUUUCAUCUUUACCGCCAUAUUUCCUCCGCGCGAAGCUUCUCAGACGCCACCAGCGCCUUAUCCGCCCUCAUCGCGGUCGAGUACUUCCGCUUCGAAAGCUGGGUGCAAGCAAGCGGGCUUAUCACGAAAGAUCCCCUUUCCGGGGAGCCUGUGGUCCACGAUCAUUCGUUACGGCGAUGCAUCCUCCUCGCUGCCGAUGCCAACUGGACCACCAUGGACUAUCAAACGGUGGAGGAGGCAAUUCUUGGUAUCCUCUCCGAGGUUUACAAGUGUCUUGAGAAAAUCAACAAACUGAGGGGAAAUUCACGGGUCGCAACGACCUUAUUUCGGGAUGCUACGCUUCAACGGGAGCAGAGCCGAGCAGUGAGCUUCUUCCGCAAGGUCACCUUUGGCUGGUCUCUUGUCGAUGAUACAAGUGAUAAGGCGAAGCUUGACGAGACACUGAAGACGCUGAAGGAUCUCAAUGACCGGCUGGAAUCGAUGCUCCCGUCCCCUAAUCGGUGUGGUAACGGAGCCGAGGUGGCCAGGCGAUAUAUUAGCCUCAAGAUGCUGUCAGUUGCAGCCGAGCCGACGGAGUUGCAAAGCAUUGGGAAGAUAAUGGCGGCACAGGCCGGGCACGUUGACCUAUACCAGGAGAUACACACCACUGCCGUUCUCAAGGCACAGAGGCUCGGCGGAGGCAUCUCGGACUCGGAGUUGAAAGAGGUCGUCCGGGAGAAGGACAUACUCGUCGGGGCUGAGCCACUCUUCCAGGAAAGGCAAACUCGCACUCUCUGCAAACUGCAAUCAGACGGCUCUACUGUGUUGAAACGGAUCGCCACUCUCGCCGUGCUUCUCAAGCUCGGGGGCCACCCCUACUUCAAGACACUCCCCGGUUGCCACGGCUACAUCCCCUACACUAGUAGGCGGUUUGGCCUGGUGUUACCUCUCCCCCCCUGGGCGGAUCCCAAUCGCGAGCCCGUCGCGCUGUUCUCCCUUCUCCCGUCCAUCAGCCGGUACAGUCUGGAAAGCUUCGGCAUGACCAAACGCGUCAACCUCAAUGCGCUGCCAACGCUCGAGGACCGGUACCGCCUCGCCCACGCCAUAGCCGACGGCCUCCUGUCGCUGCUGAGCGUCUCCUGGGUCCACAAGAGCUUCUGCAGCUGGAACAUCCUCCUCUUCCGCUCCCGCAUCGGCCACGGCGCCAUCGACUUUGCGCAGCCCCUGAUCGUCGGCUUUGGCGUCGCGCGCCACGAAAUGCCGGGCGAAGUCACCCACACACACUUCGGACCCGGAUCCCGGCAGAUGGCGUGGGGAUCUGCGUUGUGGAGCUGA